GGAAUGCAAAUGACAGGGCAAGCAUAUUUUAUUUAUAAAUUUCAUCUAGAAGCAAAUUCUUUAAUCGACGAAGGUUACUUGUGGAAGAUGCCUUCCAUCACAACUGAAGAGCAGAAUGCCACCAAUAACGCAACCUCCGAAGGACCUGAUCAAAAUGAUAAAAUGUGGAAUGCUCUCAAACGGUACAUACUACGAGAAAGACAGAGAAAAAAAGAAGAGUACGAGGCAGAAGUAGAGGAAGAAAGAUUGAGAAAGGAGAAAGAAGCCAGAGAGAGACAAGAUGUAAUGACUCUUGAGGAAACGAAAGAGCAGAUUGACCAGUUAGAACAAAAAUUGAAACAGCUUGAGAAGGAGAAACAACAAUUGUUCAUGCGGCUUAAAAAAGUCCUCAAUGAAGAUGUUAGAAGGAGACAGAAAGAGACCAAUGAAAUGCAACCAAUGAAAAUGCAGCAAAUGGGUAACAUGCCAAUGCCAAUGUUCUCGAUGCCUCCACAGCCAGGACAGGGUGAGCCUCCUCCCAAUCAGGGUAGGCCUCCACCACAUAACACACAUAUACUAAAUAAGCAACACGGACAACAGAUGGUCCGACCUAUGCAAUCUGGUGUGAAACGACCACGGAGUCCCUCACCUACGUAUGCAUUGUAUGCACACAGAUUACACCAGCCUCCCAUGAAACAUCAACCUGUUUACUCUGACCAUAAAGUAGAGGAUGGUCGCAUGGGUCGUCCGAUGACACGCGCCGUGCUCUGGAACAAAACGUCUCAGUACGGAUCGAACGUGGGUCAGUCGUCGGUGUCGUCCGGCGGGUACUACAGCAUGCCGUCGUCGGGCGUGGUGCCGGACCGGCCGCCGCCGCUGCUGUACGCGCACCACGCGCACACGCCGCACACUCCGCACACGCCGCACCACGCCAACCUCAUGUACGCGCCCGCCCCGCAGCCCCCGCAGAUGUACCUCGACAUGCUCAAGAACAGGGACGGGCAGCAUCAGGACCAGAAGAAGGACGGCCAGCAACCUCAAGUACUAAUCGGGCUGAGCGACGCCCACCCGUCCGUGAGCAGCGGCGUCGCCUACCAGCCGCCGGUCAGCAGACACCUGUCCAUCCACCCCCAGCAGCAUAACAAUAUGCAGGGCCCAAAACCCGGCAGCAUAACCCAGGGCUACCCGGUGCAGCAGUCCAACCAGAACCCGAACAUGUAUCCCAGCAGACACCGUUAUUAGCUGUUGCUUUUCAAACAGCACCUCGCCAAACAAACACCGUAGCGCCGCCCCUACCUACUAGGGAUGUAGCGAUGUUAUACGUGGAACGAUAAUCGAUUAUAAGUUAUCGAUACUUUUUAUUGCAUUUUUUUAAUCGGUUUUUAAGCUAGUGAGUGUGUUAUUAGGGCCAUGGUGGAAGUUAAAUAUUAUAAAUCGCGUUAUUGUUAGUAUACAUGAACGAGGGAAUGGAAAUAAUUUCGACAUAACAUAACAUUUUUACUAAACGUUUAACGUUAAUUUGUUAAGUUACUUUUAGAUUAUUAUUUUUAAUAUGGCAUCAAAAUGAUUUACAUAAAUAUAAGUUGCUAAAUUACCCACGUAUUGACGUCGUUCGAAUAACAGUGAAGAGAAAAUAGACAAUACAGUUUGUUUGUGCAGUGUUGUUAGACUCGUUUGUAACAGUCCG